CUAACACUCAGCCCCCUUGAACUUCCUUUGCACAGCCCCACAGGAGAUUCCUGUGUGAUAACAUUCACUCAAUCUUGGUGGUGGGCUAUUUGAUGUAGAUUACCUUAAUUUGAGCUCACGCCGUUGUCCACAUUGAUACACAUCUCUUUGUCCCUUCGCUAAAAAAGAUCUUUAGCUUCAGCAUCGACACCAUGCCGAGUUUCACAUUUGCUCCCCCUAUUGCGAAGGGCGACAACAUUGACGGAUUCUAUCAUCUCCCAGAAAUCGAGGGUGUCAGUAUAGAUGAGGUCAAAAGAAUGGAGGCACUGUCGUUCUGGACCUGUGGUAAUUGCUCGUCGUCUUCACCUGUUACAGAAAGAUUCUUUGCUUGUGGCAGCAAAGCCCAUGGCUCAACCUAUAUAUUAUGUCAAAAAUGUCGCGAUUCUGGCGAAUCUUGUGACCCUCACCCAAGCCAACACGAGCUCGUCCUGUGUCAGGCUAAGCUGGAACAUAACAUGGCGCACUACUAUCAACGAACCCCUGUUCCUCCUCGGCAUAUCCGACUUCUUCAUAUUCGCCCGUCUCAAAAUUUCGAGGAUCCGCUUGAGGGUAUGGUCAGCGUUGCAUCUGUGGACGACCCCCUUGAGUACCACACCUUGAGUUACGUCUGGGGCUCCCCGAUAAAACCCAAGUUGAUCAAGAUAGGACAUUGUCUUGUUGCGAUCACUUACAGCUUAGAACUGGCCUUGCGCCGUUGCCGAGAUGGAAAAGGCGACGUCGCAAUCUGGGCUGACGCAAUCUGCAUCAAUCAGGCAGACAAUGCGGAAAAGGCUGCUCAGAUCAGCAUGAUGAGAGAUAUCUACAAGAACUCCUUGAAAACAUAUGUAUAUCUUGGAGAAAACGAAGAAAAUCUUCGCAUUGAGCUCCUGACGGAGGAGAAUAGAAUGCGCUUACAUGAAGCUACUCGCAAGGAUCAGCUGCAGGCUAACGAGGCUAUGGGAAGCUUGUUGGAACAAAACUGGUUUUCUCGCGUAUGGGUCGUCCAAGAGGUCGCUGCCAGUCUCCAAUGCAUCGUUCUAUUCGGCGAUGUCUCUUUCGACUACAAGUUGCUUAUUGACCAUGUCGAGAUUACCUCUCACACGCCGUUUCGCACGGUACUCUUGCAGAUACGGCAGAUUCGAGAAAUCGCGAAGAACUUCAAACCAGCACACAUGGCCAAUGCUAGACGGUUUUGGUUAGAGAAACAAUUCGGUAACAAUCUAGAAAAGCAGCGACAGUUCCGCAAGAUUGAGGAAGCCUUCGAAGAACGCUUCCGGCCAUUUCCGUAUCCUCUGAUUGAUCUGCUAGAGAGCUUCCGAAAUAGAGAUGCCACUGAUCCCCGUGACAAGAUCUAUGCUUUCCUAGGACUGGCCACAGAUAUCAAAUGGGAGCAUGAUGGAGAAAUCGCAAAAAUAAGUAGUUCAACGGGUUGUCAGGUGCCCGAGCCGGACUACAACAGUUCUAUUCAGGAUGUGUACUAUAAUUACGCAUGCUAUUUCGUCGACUCCGGAUAUUGGUGCGACAUGCUUCAUUCCGCCUCCCUCAAUAAUCUAGGCAGCUCCCGGCUCCCUGAACUUCCUUCAUGGGUUCCAGACUGGACGUCUCGCAGGGAAAACGUGCAGUCCAAGCGAUUUAACGAGCAUUUCGGGCAGUAUCUGUACCACGCGGGUGGUUUCAACGGCUUGACAAAAGCACGUGUCAAGCCCGAGUCUCGAAUACUCGCUAUAAGCGGUGGCUUGGUGGACAAGAUCACAUUCCUCGCCGAGCCAUGGAAGUUUGGCGAACCUCGACAUCCUGAUAUCAUGGCAUGCAUGAACCUUUUAAUCAACAACAAAGCCUACUGCAGGAAAGCUGCGACAGAAGGAUUUGAGCCUCUUACCAUUCGUGAUGCACUCAUCUAUAAUUGCGUUGAUCAGGUAAUGGAAUGUGAGGAUUGUGUUGCUGGUGCCCCAGUGUGGCUCCAGUCCAUUGCUGUCGCAACUACAUUCAAGUACACCCGUCACAGGGACGUUCUCUAGGCAGAGUCUCGGCGCCAAUACUUCGAGCUAGCCAACACGAGUUACCGAGCCUGUCAAGCGGGCGACAAGAGCGCUUUAGAAAGUAUGGAUCCCAUGGAAGAAGCUUUUCAGCACAUUUUUGAUCCGGAGCCGUUCCAACAUGGCCCGACCACACUCAUACCAAACCAGCAAUAUGUACAUGAAAUCAUCACCGACCGACGCUUCUGCUUCACAGAACUUGGGCGUAUUGGUCUCGUACCACUACACGCAGAGGUUGAUGAUAUAAUUUGUAUUAUGAAGGGCGGUACGACGCCAUAUGUACUCCGGGCAGACGAAGGAGAAUGGAAAUUUAUUGGGGACUCAUAUAUCAGGGGUAUCAUGCAAGGCGAAGCAUUGGGAACCGAUGAUUUUAUGGAGAUGGAAUUUGAAAUACAAUAAACUAAGGCAAGUUGGAUACAGUGUAAGGGACUCAAUAAAUGCAUCUGUCGUUACAGGAAUGGCC